GUUCUAAUAUAAAUAUCGAUUGAUUUGUUCUAGAGGCAUCAAGUACCUAAAGUGUAUCGAACAGUAACAGUGCCAGCUAGAAACCGAUUACGAUCGCUCGUGCAAAGUUUUACCCCUCAACUUGCUGAAAAUGUUCAAACUGAUUGUUGUUGCCUGCCUGGUUGCCACCGCCAUUGCUGCACCUGCUCCAGCUCCAGCCCCCGGAUAUGUAGUGGCAUCUCCGGUUCACUAUAUUCCUUCACACCAUCAUGUCGUGCAUGCCCCGGUCGUGAAAACCGUUGUCCACACCCCGAUCGUCAAGUACAAGACCAUCCCGGUGUACAAAACCGUUCCCGUGGUUCACUCGGUUCCGGUCGUAAAGACAGUCGUCGCCAGUCCAGUGCUGGUGCACAGCCACGGCCAUCACCACUACCAUCAUUAAGUGCAUCCUAAAGUUAAUCCCGGUUCCCGAAUUAUGUGUUUGAUUGCUUAUUUAUUGAUGAUUGCCGUUUGAAAAUCCAGAGUCCACAGAGUGAUUGAAAACCAAAAAAGUUCAAAUAAUAAACGCUGAAAUUUUCGACAUCUUAAAA